ACUUUGCAUAUCUAUAUCUGUGGUCGACAGCGGGUGUAGUAGUUGUCGUGACUUUCAAUUCUUAUUUAUUGUAAAAGUUUUGUGUAUUAUUAACACUAAUCUCGCUUUUAUUAUAAAGUAACUCAUUGAAUACACACUACAAUGCCUAAAUACUCAGUAAAAGUAAAAUGGGGCAAGGAGAUGUUUCCCGGUGUGGAGGUGAACACAGACGAUGACCCCGUCCUGUUCAAGGCACAGAUCUUUGCGCUGACGGGGGUGCAGCCCGAGAGGCAGAAGGUGGUAUGCAAAGGUGUCACACUGCGGGAUGAGGAGUGGGGCAACUUUAAGCUAGUUAAUAAUGCCAUAGUUCUAGUGAUGGGUAGCAAGGAGGAGGACGUGCCCGCAGCUCCCGUGGAACAGACCAAGUUUGUGGAGGACAUGAAUGAGUCGGAGCUGGCCACCGCUCUGGAUCUCCCUGAAGGACUGAUCAACUUAGGCAACACCUGCUACAUGAACGCAACUGUUCAGUGCCUGAAGACUGUUCCAGAACUGAGGAAUGCUCUCCUCAAUUAUAACAAAAACAGUGGCGGCGGCACUGCGGGCGAGCUAACGGCGGCACUAUCGGAGACUGUGGCAGCAUUGGAAGGUGGAGGCGCCGGAGCGUGUGCGAGCGCGGCGGCGCGGAUGCUACGCGCGCUGCACGCUACUGCACCGCGCUUCGCUGAGCGAGCGCCUGGUGGACACCUGGCACAACAGGAUGCCUCCGAGUGCUGGACGGAGAUCGUGCGCGCGCUGCAGCAGCGCCUGCCCGUGUCCGCGCCGCCGCCGGUCAACGCCGACAGGACAUCAGUGGUAGAGCAAUACUUCGGCGGCACCUUAGACGUGGAACUAGUAUGCUCAGAGGCUGAAGAGGCUCCCACAAAGGCGCGCGAGACCUUCCUGCAGCUGUCCUGCUUUAUCUCACAGGACGUCAAGUAUCUGCAGUCGGGACUGCGUUCCAAAAUGUCAGAGCAAAUCACAAAACUAUCAGAAACGCUGGGGAGAGAUGCGAUCUACACAAAAACGUCAAAAAUCAGCCGCCUCCCCGCAUACCUGACAGUGCAGUUCAUCCGGUUCUACUUCAAAGAGAAGGAGUCCAUCUACGCUAAGAUCCUGAAGGACGUCAAGUUCCCCGUGGAGCUGGAUGUGUACGAGCUGUGCACGCCGGAGCUACAGGAGAGGUUGACGCCCAUGAGGAACAAGUUCAAGGAAUUAGAAGAGUCGUCAGUCGAGUCAUCGUUAACCGCAAAAAAUAAGAAUCACGGCGAUAGCAAAAAGGACUCGCAACCUAAAAAGGCACUGCCAUACUGGUUUGAAGAUGACGUAGGCAGCAACAACAGCGGCUACUACCGUCUCCAGGCCGUGUUAACUCACAAGGGUCGCUCAGCGACCAGCGGUCACUACGUGGCCUGGGUGCUGCGAGGGAACACCUGGCUUCGCUGUGACGAUGACGCUGUGACUCCAGUCCCAGAGGAGGAGGUGCUCAAGCUCAGCGGGGGAGGUGACUGGCACUGCGCCUACCUGCUGCUGUACGGGCCCAAGAUCUGCGAGAUCCCCGAGCCGACGGACGAGCCCAUGAUCACUGAGGUCACCGAGGAGCCCCUGCCGCCCGGCCCCACCGCGCAGGCGUAAUCACUGCACGCUGCAGUGGCCCGCUCUGGGUCGCUUAGGACGAGGGAGCUUUCUUGGAGCCUGAGUGGACGCUCGUUCGGCGACGCGUGCGUCCACGCUAUGCAGCGUCGACUUAGGACGGGUCACUAUCAAAUUUACCUUAUCGCUAAAAGACUAUAUAGCUGACAUGUCUGGAUUGUGUUAUGUCUUUGUGGCUACGUAGACAUGAAUGUUAAAUGCAUCUUUAGCAAAACGUCUGGAUCUUAAAACGUAACAAUUUAAAAUGAUCUAACUGCAAAACAUCUUCAUCUUCGAAUGUCUGUAUUACAAAACAGACAUGAACGCUAAACAGUCGAGGAGCAAAAAGUCUGGAUUGUUUAAUGUUUUUAUUGCUAAAAAGAAUAAACGCCGAACGACCCGUUAGCAAAACGUCUGGUUUUAAAAUGCUUAAGUGCCUUGAGAAUUCAAACCUUCUCGCACUGUUAAUAAGAACUGUUACAUAUUUAAGGCCUGA